AUUCUGUAGCAGGUCAGGUGAUAUCGGCUGCCUAAGCGCGCGCUCUCAAAUCAGCUGGUACACAUGUAAAUAUGCAUGUACACCAUAGAGAUAUAUAGUAUACAUCUCUAUGAUGUACACACACUGCAGAGGCGCGGCAGAGACAACACAGCCACAGCACAGGGUCAAGUUCGGACACUCUUUAAUUUAAUAAACCUAGCCUAAAUCUACUGAUGGCAACACACAUAGUUUCAUUUGCCAGAGCUAAUCCCUAGGCUAUAGUCGUCCAGAGCUUCUUAUGCUGCUUCUUAAUUGGAACUUUCUUGCAGAAAAUUGAUUAUACAAUUACAAGUAUUGUAAAUGUAAUACUAAAAAUAGCUAGAUUUUAUUUGUCGCAUUAUUUAUGAAGUUAGAACUCAUAAGCUGAAAGUGAUACAGGCCAAUCCCUGCUCUGGUGGACGCAUGAUCUUCUGUUCCCAAGUUUUAUGUCCAGAUCCUGGUGAUAUUGUGACUGACAUCUGAGGAGUUGGUGGUCCAGUGUUGCAGUAUCCCUGCUGCUUAUGCUUGGUGAAAAAGAUGGAGAUAUUUCAUCAUUCCUGGUGCUUCCUCUUGCUUCUGGUCUGCCUAGGACUGUUCUACUCAACAAGGGCUGAUGGUGGUGUCCCACUUUCAAAGUACUUGGAUGAGAGAAACCAGUUCCUACAGAAUGAAAUUGUGCGAGGUGUUGGAGCAGAUCUGGUCCUGAACCAAAAAGAGAAGAGAGUGGACGGUAUUUUGCUUGCAGCAAAGAAAAAGGAGUUCAUUGAGGGGUUUGCAGAGACAUUCCCACCAACUGUGAACUUCUUGGAAGGAAAACCGCUUGUUGAAAAAAGUGUUGUAUUUGACAUCAUUAAAAGAAUGCCCAAAGGGGGCAUCCUCCACAUUCAUGAGAUUUCAAUGGCCGAUCCCUGGUGGGUGAUUCAGACGAUUACGUAUCUUCCGCACCUACACUACUGCGUCAUGGAUGACUACUUCUCGUCGAUCCGCUUCAAGUUUUCAGAGGCCAUGCCCCAGGAGAAGCCAGCAGAAUGCAAGACGGAGUGGCACCUCGUCUCAGAAGAAAGAGAGGCUAUGGGUGCCUCUUCUUUUGAUCAGUUGCUAUACCAUAACCUGACUAUGUUUGCGCAGCACCCGGACGAUGUGUACGCAAACACGACGAUGUCCUGGCUUCGGUUCCUGAAUGCGUUGAACUCUCUGACGAACCUGUACUACAGCACAACAUCGUUUGAACUCUUUGUGAGGCAGAGUCUCCUUCAGAUGGUCCAGGACAAUGUCCAGUAUGUAGAGAUCAGAUCAUUGCUCUUUCCACUUGAGGAGUUGGAUGGUACCAUUCACUCUCCGGAGUACACCUUGCAGAAGUUCAUCAAGGUUGCAGAGGAAUUCAAGAAGUCCUAUCCGAAGGAAUUUGUGGGCCUCAAAAUAAUAGCAUCUUCCAUCAGACAUCCAGUCAAUAGAACCUUCAUCAUGGACCAGGUCCUACAGGCGAUAGAUCUACGUAAGAGGUACCCGGACUACUUUGCUGGGUAUGACCUAGUAGCCCAAGAGGAUGGGGGAGGGCCCACCUUUGACUAUCUCAACGAGCUCCUGUACCCCUCCGAAGUUGGCGCAGACUUGCCAUUUUUCUUCCAUUCGGGUGAAACAAACUGGCAGGGAACGUUUGUUGAUGACAAUCUUAUUGACGCUGUUCUCCUCAACACAAGUCGCAUUGGGCACGGCUUCGCCAUCACUAAGCAUCCCUCUGUCAUGGAGAUCGUAAAGUCGAAGGGCAUCGCCAUAGAGCUAAACCCAAUUUCAAACCAGGUGCUUCACUUGGUCCAUGAUUUGAGGAACCACAUCGGUGCUACCCUGAUAGCGGACGAUUACCCGGUGGUGGUCAGCUCAGAUGACCCCGCAGCGUGGGGGUCAUUGCCCUUGUCACAUGACUACUAUAUGGCCUUCAUGGCCAUGUCUGGAGAGACGACCGGCUUGACGCUACUCAAGCAGCUAGCUUUGAACACAUUCAAAUACAGUGCCAUGACAGAGCCUGAGAAGGCUGCAGCAAACAGUCUAUGGCAAGCCAAAUGGGACAUAUUCCUGGAUGAAAUAAUUGCAAAAUAUGAACAUGCUGGAAUAACAGUGAAAGAGGAGCUGUGAUGCUUCAAUAUGUGCCUUGGUGCUGUUCUACACAAUGUUUUCUACCAGAUAUUCUCUAAAUAUCCAUGGACUUUGGGUAUAUUGCUGUCUUUUGCUCAAUACUGAUUAAUCUACACCAGGGUCCCGUAACAUAAAGGUUAGCGAUUGAUCGCUAAUUUAAAUAACAAUGCUGACUGGUUCAUAGUCAGUCUACUUAGCAAAAUGCACAUGCAACAAGGAUCUUAAUAAGUCAUUUCAGUUAGCGAUUAAUCGCUAACCUAUGUGUUACGGCGCCCAGGGCCCCAUCUUACAAGGAGUUACGAUUAGUCCGAUCACCCUCAACUCUACGGAAAUCCAUCAGUGUCAUAAUUUCUAUUUCAGGAAAUUUGCACGAUGUCUUUUGUAAAUUGAGAGAAGCACACUGAAUCUUCAAGAAAAUUAAUAAUGUAAAAAUAUGCAUCAUAUCUGGAAAAUAUUGAACAAACAUGCAUUUUGGAUGUUGACGUUGCUGGCUUUCCGUAGUUGUGGUUGAUCGGAUCGAUUGCAAUUCCGUUUGGUCUUAUCCCACAUGGUCUAAUCCUACUUCGUCUACAAGCAGUUUGUUUAAUAACCAUUUGGUCUAUUUGCCAUUUAGCCCAUUAAUACCAUGUUUUCUUAUUUCCAGUAUGGCACUUCUCAUUUUGUCUAAUAUCCACUUGGUACGACAACAAAUAGUCUAUAUGAUAAUGAACCAAAAGUUGAAUGAAGUUUUCAUUUAACAAUGAAAGUAAAAAUAAUAAGUGAUGAUGGGUUCUUAUAUAGCUUAGGUUCUACUGGGCUGGCGCUCACGGAUGAAGUGGAUGAAGUUGAAUCUAGAAAACUGGUCAUUAAACUAAUACCUCAGUCAUAUUUAAUCUACCGCGACCGUACAGCGAGUCGAAAGCAGCCAUUUUCACAUUUUUUGUACCAGCUGCACAUAGGUGCCUCGAAUAAAAAAAUGAAACUGCUGUUUUUGACUCAUCAUAUGGCCGCCGUAGAGCAAAUGUGACUGAAGUAUAGGGCCUAAAUGACAAUGAGACUAAAUGGUUAAUUAGACCACAUUUACAUAGUAGACCAAAUAAGCUUAUUAGCCCAUGUGGUAUUAGAAUAUCUGAGAUGUAGACCAAGUAAAUGAAUACAAACGGAAUUAAGCUCAUACAAUGGUGCUAGAAUUCACCUGUGUUCAACAAUAUACAUGAAAUUUAUGUGACCUCAUAAGCUAGAUUUGCAAACGUGAAUCGUCAUUCAAAACACAAACAUGAAUCACAGCAGCGCGCAGUAUGAUAUUAACACGGAAGUAUGCCAACGCAAUGACGUCAUAGAAUCAUGAUUCAAAUAACCAUUAUGUUUAUUUGACCUGUUUUGAAUGCAAUCCUGCAGAAACGUAUUUCCAAAUGCCCUUUUUUUUCUGUGUUCAUGUUUGUGAUUUUAAACAUGUUUAUUUUUACACCAAACGCAACCAUGAUUCUGCACAAACAUCUUUCUAAACAUGUUUCAAAUCAUGAUUCUAGGGUUUAUAAAAACUGCCGCAUAAACACACCUUAGUAGGAUGCGAUCCCGGUAGGAUGCGAAAGAUAUUAUGUUUAAAUUUGCCAGCGCCAUAAUGAGGCUGCGAUGAAUGCAAGGAAUGCUCCCCAGGGAGUGGAAUUGUACACUUUUUGUGUGGGAUUUAAAUGAAUCCAAUGACCGGGGUAACGAUAUGCUGUAACACACUUUGAGCCAUUCUGGGAAAAGCGCUAUAUAAAAAAAAUUAGUAGUAGUAGUAGUAGUAGUACUUAUAAACUACGGGUAAUACCAAAAAGCCUUGACAGAAACCUCAAAUCUAAAACUGAAAUCUCCAUCUGACUUUAACUUCUUCUGGCAUUCUUCUAGAGACCUGAAGUAGGGAUGACCCGAGGUAAAUAUAUGAGGCAGUAUAUUCCAUCUGCUUGAAGAGAUUUUUGAAAUACGGAUACAAAGUAGGUAGUUGGUGAUAGUACCAUGAUCAUGUUCGGCAUCUUGUGUAUAUCUUCUUUUAUCAGGGUUUUUUUGUCGGUGAGUAUUUUUAUUGAGACUUUGUUAUAUGACUUUUGGCAUAUUUCAUUGCUGUCAAACUCUCCUACAUGUAGGCCAUCUAAUACAGAGGCUUGCAUGCAAUCAUGACACUACAGUGAACAAUCAAAAUCAAAUUUAUGAUUGCAUUUGAAGUGUGUUCAAAAUGACCAAUGACCAAUCAAAAUCAUGCUUUCCAUAUUUGCAAUUGAUCAUAAACCUUCUGUGAUACUGGCUCCUCAAAGGGUUUUAUAAAAUUAUGGAAACAAUUAGCAUUUCCAUAUUACAACUGAAAUAUGACCAAGUAAUUGAAUGAAUCAUUGACUUCGCCAUACAUAUGUCAAAGAGAUAUUUGUAUCAAAACAUUAAGAUGUUUUGUAAUGUAAUGCAACAUGUGUACAUAUACAUGUAACUUGUGAAACAAGUAGUAUACUGGGUAUUGGUGUGCGUGCCUUUUUGUGUGCAUAUGUGUUAAGCAGUAUUCUAGUUUGAAAUGUAUAAUCAUAUUUGUCCUAAAAAAUCUAAUGCCUUUUGUGAACAGGGUACAUACAAGAGAUAUUUUUGCAGGGUGUCUGGUCAGGAAUAUUUGGACCAACUAAACUUCUUGAAAGUUGAGAAAAAAAUAGUUUUUGUCCAUAACACAAAAUAGUUUUUGUCCAAAGUUGUGCUGACAGUUCAAGCUUGUGACAAAUCAUAUUAUUGUGUAAGAUUGAUUGGAUAAUAUCAUGAAUUCUUUCACCCAACUUUGCACAAGAAAUCUUUUAUAUGACAGUAGUUGCAUAAAAUGUACAAGUGAGAUGGUAAAGGCUUUAUGUGUAUUCUUACCUUUGGAUUUGAUGUAAAUGUUUGUAUAUGUGUCUUUUUGCAGGCUGGGUUAUGGCUAAAUUGUUAACAUUUAAGCCAUUGAUAAAUCAUGUUUAAAAGUAAGCUGUAGGCCUAUAUAUAAGGUUAAACAGAAUGAAUAAUCGGUAAAUUGCCAAUUGUCCACUGCCAACUCAUCCACUCACCACAUGGUCUACCUUCAUUUAGUGUAAUGCCAUUCCGUUCAUCAACAUUUCGUCUAACAACCAUUUGGUCCAAUCUUCACUUUGUCUAAUCACCAGUUCGUCUAUUACCACUUCGUCUAAUAACCAGUUGGUCUAAUACCCACUUUCUUUUCAUUCAUUUAACACAAUUAACACUUUAGUUUUAUUAGACCAAAUGGUAUAUGGACUAAAUUAUUAGACGGAAUGGCAUUAGACUAAAUGAAAGUAGACCAUGUGGUGAGUAGACAAACUGAUGAUAGACCAAAUGAUAGUAGACAAGUUGGCAAUGGACAAAUUGGCGAUAGACGAAUUGGAAAUAAACAGGAUAGUCCAGACAGGUUGAAGUAAUGUAUGUAUAGUACUUUGGGGAUAUAUGCUACAUGUAUAUAUGCAUAAUAAUGUGUAGGUUUGGUUUAUGGUAGUAUUAUUUAACAAUUAAGCCUUGUUUAUAUUUGUGUAUUUAUGUAAGCAUGAUACUGUUCAACAGAAGAAAAAAAUAUUUCAUGCAGGUUAUGAAUUUAUAAGUUUAAGUAAUGGUUUUGUAGGUAUUAUACUUUUUUGAAUAUAUGGUACAUGUAGAUAUAUCUUUUUAAUGUAUAGGCUAGGGUAAUAACAUUUGCUUAAUGGUCAAACCAUUUUUAAUCAUGUACAAAUGUAAGCUAGCUACAUAUCACGUCGGGCCAAGCUCUAAACAUGAUGAAUAGUUCAUCCAAAGGACGCAUUUAUCAUUUCAGCCUAAGGCUUUUCUUAUUAUAAGUAUAUAGAGUUAAAUUAGAAUCAUGUUUACUUUUUAAUAAUCAUAAAUGGUUUGUUUUAAUGGCAACCAAAGAAGGGUCCUUUAAAGGACAAGUCCACCCCAACAAAAAGUUUAUUUGAAUAAAAAGAGAAAAAUUAAAAAAACACUGAAAAUUUCAUCAAAAUCGGAUGUAAAAUGAGAAAGUUAUGACAUUUUAAAUUUUCGCUUAAUUUCGCAAAACAGUUAUAUGCACAUCCUUGUCAGUAUGCAAAUGAGGAAACUGAUGACAUCAUCCACUCACUAUUUCCUUUGUAUUUUGUUAUAUGAAAUAUUGUAAUUUUCUCAUUGUCAAGUGAAACAACGAUUAAUUCCUCUCUGAACAUGUGGAAUAAGCAUAUGGUUCAGUCAAGUUUGUCCUUAUUGUCAAAAAUUUUAAAAAAUGAAAUAUUGUAGAAUUCAAACUAUAAAAAUCAAAAGAAGUAGUGAGUGAGGGACAUCAUUGUCUCUUUCAUUUGCAUGUCACAAGUUGUUUUGUGAAAAAUAAGUGCAAUUUUAAAAUGUCAUAACUUUCUUAUUUUACAUCCAAUUUUGAUGAAAUUUUCAGCGUUAUACUAGCGUGAUUUUUCUUUAUUCAAAUCAAGAUCUUUCUGGGGUGGACUUGACCUUUAAAACAGAUCUGAAAGUCAUUUAACCAGAAUAAAAGAUAAUAAUGUAGAUAAUUUCAAAUUCAAUUUAUCCCGAUCAGACUGCAUGGUCUAAAGUAACUGAAUGUAACGAUGUAAAUAUGGAUUGGGAAAAUUUCCCAUCUAUAUUAUUAUCAAUAGUAGAUAUGUGCGCACCUCUGAAAAAUGGAUGAACCAUGAAAUAAUCACUUUAAUUAAAGAGAGAAAUGUAGCUUACAAAAACAUGAAUUAAGGCUUUCCAAGAAACCUGUGCCAGUCUUCAGUUCAUUACUUGGGUAAAAAAAAAAUGAAUUUCAUACUGGACCCCGUGCUCAAAGAUUGGAAGAUUACUGUUCUCCCAAUAAAUGAACCAUAGCUACCUCCUUAUGUUGUUUACUGUGUGAUAAAUAAAUAAAGAUAGAUAGAU